AUGAGUGACAUCGAACGAAACGAUAUUUCACUGCGGCAUGAGUUUGAAUUUUGCGAAGGUAUCAUCAAGCAGUUGGAAAGUGGAAAGCAAAGCACAAAGGAUUUACAGGAUCAGUUGAAACAGUGUGAAGAGAAGUUAAAACUUUUGACAAAGGAAGUAUCUGCUCUUUCGUUAUUCAGUAAUAACGAAAGUUUUGAUGAAUUGCCCACUAGCUCUUUGAAUUAUUUAUUUUUACCGUAUUAUUUGGCUAAAGUUACACAAAGUAUUAUCGUUGGACCGGAGGAGCGUCUUUCAUCUCUGGAUCGCGCAAAGAUAUAUUUACAAGACUUUUUGGGAAGGUUGAGGGCAUACAAUAUUAUUGAUUCUGACUUGUUGGGAGUAAGCGAAGAUAAUGAAGGAAAGGAAACAGAAAAAUCGAGACAUGAUAUCGAUCUAUCUAAACAGAGGGAAUUAAAAUUGCGACGAUUUCAACAGGAAAAGGAGCUAGAAGAAUUAGUGGAAAAUUCGGAAUCCCAGUUGUAUUCAAAUGCAGAUGAUGAUGAAUUAAUGCGAGAUUUGAUUUUAAAUCGUUUGCAUCUUGCUGCGAUGAAAAGUAUGGAUGAGAUGAGACAAAUUGAUCAGGAGAGGCCAAUGGUAGAACACAUGUUGAAAAUUCGAACAGGACAGACUGAAGCUUUACCGAAACAACCGGUGAACCGGUCUACACCAACUCCAUACAUAAUAGCUCGAGAUCAAGUGCAAAAAAAAGUUUUUGGUCUGGGAUAUCCAAGCAUGCCGACGAUGACUGUAGGCGAAUGGUAUGAUGAUAUGAUGAAAAAUGGAAGAUUUGGUGGUAUAAAUCCAAGCUCAUCUGAAAACAACCUCGAUUCAACUGUUUUAGAUGAAGGAACAAAGGAGGAGCAGGAGCGGGCUUGUCUUCAAAGAUGGGAUGAAUAUAAAGAUUGUAAGUGGUAUUACAUUUUAGUGAGUAGGAUAAACCUUUUGGAUUUGUUACUUGGAAGAUGCGAGAAGUUAGAGCCAAAAUUUUUGCAGUUUUUUGCAUCCGAAAUGGCAUCUGAAUGCUCAGCAGAGAGUGUCGUAAAAGGCGAGAUAGAUGUGGAUUGGUUAAAUUGGAAUGCUGGUAGUCCAACUAUUGUAUUAUAUAAUAUGUAUCGUGUGAGUAAAGAUUACGAUGAGUCAUCGAGUGAUGAUGAAGGCCCCUCCCUGCGCAAAGAACAGAAGUUGGACAGUACCGAUGAGACGAUGAAAAACUCUAAAGCAGGAAGCAAAGCCGCACAAAUGUGGACUGAUUUAUUAGCUGAACAAAGUCUCUCGGAAACAUUUUCGGAUAAAGUUGGAGUGUAUCGAGGAGAGAAUGAUAUGGUGGAACGUGGUGUUGAAAGUUAUGUUCUUCCUGAUGCACGAUGCACCAAUAAUGAACAAGAACCGGAAUACCAGAAGAAUCAUUCAAUCUCACCAGCUGCAGAUGAUAGUGGACCGUUUGAUUUUGUUGCUGAUGAAGGAAAAGUCGAAAAGUUUUCAGACAGAUACGAAAAAUGUCCACAUGGAUGUGGUAAUGAGUCAAGAGGUCGCAGCAGGCAAGGGCCAAGAAGUUUCAGCAAUCAAGAAAAAAACACCGGGGAAUCAUGGAGACGUUCUACUUCCACAUCACGAAGCAUCUCACGGGAGAGCAGAAAACGAAGACGAAAUAACUAUAUCCGAAAUAAGAAGGGUGGUGAUCGAAUUGCCGGGCGCGUUGGAAACAUGAAUAAUUCUUUGAAGCGCCGAAGAAGUGGAAAAAAUCCAAGUUCACUUCCGAGUGAUGAUUAUUCGUUAGAGGCGCUGUUAGCAACGGAAUUCCCGGAUAAUAUUAGUAUUGACGAAUUGGCUGAGCGUAUUGUUAUGGCAUUAGGCGAACGGAAUGGAAACGUAAUACUCGAAGUAGGAGAAGAGAAAGCCUUAGAAUUGUUUGAAGCAACACGCGAAAUAGAAGCAUCUGGUGGUAUGAUGAUUGCUGACGGUACACGUCGACGUACUCCAGGUGGUGUCUUCAUGACUUUGUUCAAGACAGAUCCAGAUGUCUUGCCUAUACUGAAGGAGAAAGUGCACGAUCUGCAAAAGGCUACUGCUCGAGAAAUAAGAACUGCAAGACGGAGAGGAAAGAGAGAAACGUCAAAGGAUGCUGCGCUGGGAAAGAUCGAGAUGCUAAAAAAAUUAUCGAGUGCUUCAGAAAUAUUGCUUGAGACACAGUCAGUGAAAGAAAAUCCUCUCUGA